AUGAUUCGAGGCAGAGUGUGGGAUCAGAUUACUAAAGAUAAUAGUAUGGAUCAUGCACAUGGCAGGACAAAGGCGCUCGCAAACGAAGCCGCUGCGACGUCGCGUCGGCAGUCACAGACAAAUGCAGCGUGGCGCGAGCCGCCAGAUCCAUGGGAAUCCGCAGACGCAGGCGCCACGAAACUAGGUACUGCGGGCCGCGGAUAUGCUGUCGCCGACCAUGGGCGAGGUCGGCGCAGUUUCGCUGUCGCGGACCAGCCGUCACCCUGUACCAAGAGCCUUUGUGGGCGACGAGGAAGCUUGGUCGUCGCCACCUAA